GACACACAACUAGAGAGAUGGCGCGGCACCCGACCGGAGCGCAAGGACAGCUGGUUGGCGGUGGGGGGGCUUGAAUUAUAAAGAGAAUCAGAAAAUUAAAAUAUAAAAACAAGAAAAAAAUAUUAAGGGGAAAAAAGGGGGAUCCGGAAAAAGGAGUUUCCAUUCUGCAACACGGCGUCAGAGGUAGGAGAAUAUAUGUGAAUAUAAGGACAGAGAGGAUAGCAAAGGAGGCUGCUGCAAAAAAGCAACAAAAGAAAAUUGAACUUUCCUGGAUGUGAGGACUUCUGGACAUCAGCUAGAUCAGAUAGAUGGUUUGUCCACAGCGCUGCCCGGAUCAUGAACGCACAGCUGUCGAUGGAGAAUAUUGGCGACCUGCACGGAGUGAGCCAUGAGUCCGUGUCCGGUCACGGAGAGCUGCUGAGUGGCCACAGUCCGCAUGCCCGUCCGAGCCCCCGGGGUCUAAGCCACCGCGCUAUGGGCAUGGCAACCUUGCUAGACAGCGGAGACUAUCACCCCGGACACCACGGACACCUGCAUCCAGCCAUCAGCAUGUGCGAAGCCCCCCCUGGCAUGAGUGCAAGCAGCACUUACACCACCCUUACCCCCCUGCAGCCCUUACCCCCCAUCUCCACCGUGUCCGACAAGUUUCCUCCCCAUCAUCACCACCACCAUCCCCAUCAUCCUCACCAUCAUCCCCACCAGAGGAUCCCCGGAAAUGUAAGCGGCAGCUUCACGUUGAUGCGCGAGGACCGGAGUCUGGCGCCUAUGAACAGUCUGUAUCCCGCAUAUCAUCACAAAGACCCCUGCAUGGGCCAGAGCCUCUCUCCGCUGUCUGGUUCCGGUCUGGCCAGCAUACACACGUCCCAGGCCGGCAUCCCUCCUUACGCUCACCCCGGUGCCGCCAUGCCUGGUGAGAAGAUGCUCACCCCCAGCGGGUUUGAGGCUCACCACCCGGCCAUGCUCGGCAGACACACAGAGCAGCACAUGAGCUCCUCGGCGGGCAUGGUACAAAUCAACGGCCUCCACCAUCACCCGCACGCCCACCUUGGCGCGCAGGGGCACGGCCAGGGGCUGGGGAACAGCCGGGAGCAGGCCUCCGGGCCCGGGCAGCAAGGGGGAGGCGGUGGAGGGGGUGGUGGUGUUUCUGGGGGCCAGAUGGAGGAGGUGAAUACCAAAGAAGUUGCGCAGAGGAUCACCACGGAGCUGAAGCGCUACAGCAUCCCUCAGGCCAUCUUUGCCCAGCGGGUCCUGUGCAGGUCCCAGGGGACCCUGUCCGACCUGCUGAGGAACCCCAAACCCUGGUCCAAGCUCAAGUCCGGCAGAGAGACCUUCCGCCGCAUGUGGAAGUGGCUGCAGGAGCCUGAGUUCCAACGCAUGAGUGCGCUCAGGCUCGCAGGUGAGCGAAGCCUCGCAUGCAAGCGUAAGGAACAGGACCACGGCAGAAGCGAGCGGGGGAGUGUCUCCAAGAAGCCCCGGCUGGUGUUCACAGAUGUGCAGCGGCGGACGCUCCACGCCAUCUUCAAGGAGAACAAGCGUCCAUCCAAAGAGCUGCAGAUAACCAUCGCCCAGCAGCUGGGCCUCGAGCUGGCCACGGUCAGCAACUUCUUUAUGAACGCACGUCGCCGGAGCCUGGACAAGUGGGUGGACGAUGGCUCCGGUCACCCAGUCAACUCUGGGCCCAACGCCUGCACCAAAGCCUGAAGACGGACUGAUUUGACUAACUCAUGGACUGACUUAACCUCGGUGGAAAAGCUUUAAAACUUAAGAGAAACAAAGAGAAACUUAAAAAAGACCUUGAAGCAACAUUUUGCCCUUAAACCUGUACUAUAUUGAUAUUUAUAGUAUCCAAAGAUGAAAAAAACAAACCAAAGACUUCUUGUUUGACCUGCUUUGAAAUGUUUGUUUCAGCAACACAUUUAUGUGUAUCAUACUGCAAAAAGACUAUAGUUUUACCCCCCCCCCCCCCCCCCCCCCCUUCACACACACUCACUGUCACUGGUCUCUAGCUUUAUUACACCCUCCCACACACCUCCCCACUCAGUAUCAAUCUAUCAUUCACCAUCCUUAUCUUUAAUCUGAUUGGUUGGUUUUAAUGAUGGGUCCCUAAAUGGAGGUUUAAUCAGCCUAUUGGCAGUCUGAUCUGCAGCUGUCCACACCCUUGAAAAACAGCCAGAAUGUGGAGCUCCGGUGGGAUUGGCUAAUCAACUCUAAAGACAUUUAAAAAAAAAUCCUACAGGAGCGAAUGGAUUGUUGUGCAACCUUGUUUGGAUCGGUGGCGAUGGACUGUCUGUCUAUCUGUCUGUCUUUCUAUCAAGCAUUCCAGACAGACAGAAGAAAUGCCCAUGUGUAGACUGCUAACCCAAAACCAAAAACCCUGAACCAAGCCAAAAAGGAAAAAACCUCAACCCACAUGGUAGUGCUUUCUUCCAACAUGCUGAAGCGUUGAAUGAUUUAAACAAGACAAACCAAAGCCUUCUACACCCUGAAGCCUCUCAUGCAGCUUAGAAAUAAAAAAACACUUCAGAUCCUGCUAUGAAGCAAAUUGACCAAAGAGUUUAUUUUGUAGCUGAUAAUCCUAAGAGUAUUUGUAUCUCAUGUCCUCCCUUACCUCCUGAGACAGACUGUUAGUUUGGUGCCACAAAGAAGAGAGCGUUUAUGGUUUAUACAACAUUUUGAGUUAAAUUCAUGUUCCCUGCAAAUAUAAAUAUUUUAUGACACAAAAAUUAAAUGACCUUUGCCUUAUAGUUGCCUUUUGAGUCAAACUAAAUAUUCCCGUUUUAUCUUCACAAACACUGUUGAAUGUUGCUGUAAUGUGAAGAUGAAUCAUUACAGACACUUCUUGCUAUUUAGGUAAAGCCCACAGAUUUAGCUCAAGUUUAUGUGUUCAAACACCAGCAGCUGGCAAACUAAGAUUUAUCAACUCAGCAGUGUUUUUUCUGCAAAGGUGAUGACAGAAGAUGCUGGCUCUCGUACUCUGUGUGUGUUUGGGACACAGUAAAAGAGACAGACGGCAAACUGUGUCACCACUCUAAUAAUAAGCAUCAUCAUCCCUGUGCGCUUCAUUUGUAUUUGAUUUUUAUCUCCUCGUCAAAGAUGUUGAGUGGAGGAGAUGAUAUCAAUGAUCAAACCACUUUCAGACACUUACACAGCAAUGUCACCUGAAUACGAAAGCACCCCGCCCCUGCCUUUUGCCAAUCCCCAGACCCAUCCCCACCCCUCCCAUCCCGCCUCUGUUCCCCUGGUAAGCUAUGCAUUUCAGCACUAGGAGGAAAGCACUACACAGGGCUGGCCCAGGGACAGCGCAUCAUUAAAUAUAUUGAGCUGGACCCUUGCCGUCAUCCUCCUCAUGGCCAGGGUUAGCAGCUCUACAUUCAUCACAACAAGCGCUGACAGAGAGGCGAGAGGCAGCUGCGUCUUCGCCUCUAAAAUGAAAACAAAAAAAAGAAGACAAGAAACAAAAAAUGUGUCAAGACCUGCUGAUGUUUUAUAGUGUGAACCAAAGAUGCUACCUCACUCAAGUUCCAUACGUGAUUUCUAUCACUUUGAUGAUACCAAAGAUAACCAAAGAUUUUUUCUCAUUGCACGGCCUCUACGAGUGGUGUUAAAAGAUGUUGUGUGUCUCCCCUCCCCCAUCUCCUCUCCUCCUUUCUUCUCCCCUUUCUCCCCCCCUCCCACCUGCACUCAACCCCAU